AUGAGCAACGAAGAGAAACGAAAUGAAGAAGAAGCAGGAGAUAAACACGCACAUGUUGAUGGAUCUGGUCGUCUUGGUAUUCCAAUAAGCGAUGAUUCGUCAGAAGAUGAAGCCAGUCAAAUAAUUGCACUCCAAGAAGACCAAGUAUGUUCCUUUUUCAAGUUAUUAUAUUUAUAAAUAUAUUGAAUUAUUCUUGACUCGACAUAAAUCUAUUAUGUCUUAUGCAUACAUAAAAUACGUUACGCUCUCACGAAUUUCUUCAUUUCCAUGACAACCUUUUUUGUACAAAAACAAUUUUUUACCCAUAAAAAACGAGGUAAUUUUAGGGUAUUUACUAUCACGAGGAAGUUGUUGCUCCACCGAAAUACGAAAGUGACGACGAAGAUAUUCUUGUUGGCGGAAAAAGAUCGCUUGAAAGACAAACAGAAGUUGAGCAUAUCGAACAUUUGGACCACGACGACAGUUUAGAAAUGACCGAUGAUGAUGAUGGAAGAGAUACCGCUUCGAGAAUGGGAAGAAGAAGUUGGUUUAUUUUUAUUUUGUUUUCAAAUUCUUAUGUUUUUCCAAAGUUUUUGAAAUUGUUUUUUCAAAAUCGUUAGUAAAUUUUUAUGACGAUCUGUUGUCAUAAAUUAUAAAUCUAAAAAAAAAUAAAAAUGUCGCAUUUCCAGCGACCCCAAUCCGGAGAUUAUAGUACUACAUACAUUUUAAUAAGCUGUUAUCGUGAAAUUUUUCAAUAUUUUUUUCAGUUUUGCAAGACGGUCCCCUCUUCAGACUCAAAAAAUAUUCAAUGUAUUUUUGGUUUUGAAUAAUACCAGAUCGUGAACAUUAUCAACCUUUGUUCCCACGAGAAAUACCUCAAAUAAUAUUCCCCGCAUCCCUCCUGAUAGUUUAUUUUUAUCUUACCUCUAUCGUUUAUUUUGAUAUUUGCUCGUUUUGUGCCCAGAGAAACGAGACUAACAAAUUUUUUCGGUUAGAUAAUCUCCAAAAAACAUCCGGAAGUAAUGGAAUCCAUAGAAACCAUAGCUAGAAAAAAUAAUUUUGUUAUGAAGUUCUCUCAAAAUUUCGUGAGAAAAUAAUUUAUACUUCAGCGGAAGUCAAAAUUGUUGGGUUUUUCAUUCAAAAUUUGUUGUUUUCUAGGAUCAGUCCGCUUCACCGGACCUUAUGAUCAAGAAGAAGACGGCACAAAUCAACAUUUAAGAAGCCCGUCUCCAGAAAGCCUGCGUUAUAUAAAGGUGAGCUUCAACCCUUCAAUUAACCCACGAAAGCAAUUAUGUCCCAAAAAACACAUAAAAACACAAAUAAUAGAUCAAACACGGCAUUUUCCAUUUUACAACAAUUUUCACCUGUUAUAUUUUUGUUGAUUCAUGAAGCUGUUCAAUUGGAACAAAAAAUAACGCUUUAUAUAUUUUUUUAAUUUUCAGGCUCUAGAAAAUCCAAUGUCGGUAAAAGAUGAUGACGAAAAAUCGCAAGACGAAGAGGCUUUUGAAGAAUUGGUAAAAGGACCGAAAGGUAAUUGUUUUUAUAAGAAUAAAUAAGAAAAGCUUUUUAUGUCUAUGACAGGUGCAUAAAAUAUUGAUUUUCCGACUUUCCUCAUUUUUUUCUACAUACAUACAUAUUAUAUUUUUUAACUAUUGAAUUUUUUAAGACGAGAAACAUCCUCUUGGUUCUCCGCCAGCGUAUACAAGUGGCGACGAACAGAAAAAGUUGUCACUUCCACCACAACCAACGCCACUAGAAGAACCCAAACCGCCAGCAAGUAAGUUAUCGUAUAUUCGGAAAAUUUGGGCAACUCUAAUAACAACAACAUUUAAACUAUUACUCUAGGUUUUUAAAGAAUUUCAAUGUUUCUUCUAGUAAAAAAAUGUCAAGCUGUCAGUUUUGAAAUAUAGAGUGUAAUCUUGAAACAUUUAGAAUGAUUCCAAACACCAGUUUCUAAAUUAGUCCCAAAAGCAAGAAAAAAAAACCUUAGCCUUAAAAUUGUUUUUAAAGAAAAAACACGUGGAUCACUGAACGAAUUGUUGUUGACCAAAGUUGCACAACCAUUUCAAAAUAUGAUGAGAAGAGCAAGUCGAAUGGAAGAAGAUUCAACAAGCGAAGAUGAAGAUGAUGAAGGUAUAACUUUCUGAAAUAUUGAAUGAGUCACAUUGAAAAAAACUAAUAAUCAUUGUCAUUUUUAUUUCGUAAUUUUUACUCACUAAUUCCAAAAAUAACUAGAGAAUGACGAUAUUAACAAAAGGGCAAGUUAUAAUAAGUCACGUAGUACAUAUGUUCAAACAACAAUUUAUAUUUCAUAUUACUUUUGGAAAACAAACUAAAAAUGAGUAACUAUUUUUGAAAGGUAUAACUAAUUUUAAUUACAUGUUUGAUUUGCUAGAAAAUAGGAAAAUUUUCAUUAGUAAAAUGGAAAAAUAAUGACAAUUUAUUACUAUUUCUGAGAACCCCACAUAUAAUUAACAUUUCCUAUAGAUGAUGAUUAUACGGAAGAGGAAAUCCAAGUGCUGACAUAUAUCGACGCUUUUAAGCCAGUUGAGAUUGAGUUGAAACCACAGCUCCGUCCGUUUGUUCUUGAUUUUAUUCCUGCAAUUGGUGAGAUUGACGGAUUUGUCAAAAUUCCGCGGCCAGACGAAGUAUGUUUUUUUAAUCAAAUAUUAUUGCUCAUUAUGAAUACAUAUGUGAUAGUGUUUUUUUGCAGGUAGACGAUAAUAACGGGUUGACGAGUUUGGACGAACCGGCAGCCCAGCAAAGUGACGCAACAAUUUUGAACAUGCAAUUGAGAAAUGUUUCAAAAGAAGUGGGUUCUUCUUCAAAAAUGGAUGACCCGCCGGUUAAACAACUUCAAAGAGCCGAUAAAAAUUCGAAUGAAAUUGAAAAAUGGAUCAGCAAUAUAAAAGAAUUGCACAAAACCAAACCUGCACAAACAGUUCAUUAUAAAGGAGUUAUGCCUGACAUGGAUACAUUAAUGCAAGAAUGGCCUUCAAAUUUGGAAGAGAAGAUGAAAAAUCUCAAAGUUAGUUUUACACAUUAAUACAUAUGAGAUAGAGAAAAACAUAAACAUAAACAACAUUUCGCUUUCAUCCCGAAACAACUAUUUUCCGUUCUCUCAAUUCAUCUCACUAAUAAUAAACAGUUGGAAAUGUGGCUGAGUGGUCUAGUGGUAUGAUUCUCGCUUAGGGUGCGAGAGGUCCCGGGAUCGAUCCCCGGCUCAGCCCACCUUAUUUUUGAUCUAUUUUGUUAGUUGUUUUUUAAUUGAUAAUCGAAGACUUUCAUGAGCUAUCAUUUUAUGAGAAAGGUUCUCCUGGUACUAAAUGCAAAUAAUUUUAUAAACUUUUCUCAAAAACUCAAUUGAGUCCACAUUUCCAAAAAUUGAAAAAUUAACUUUCUCGUGUAUUUGACAUAUAUUUAAUUUAAAUUUUCAAUCAAAUUUUGACAACACAUUUCGAAAUUCACCUAAUAUCUUUUUUUCAUCUGUCAUACUUCAAAAGAUAUUAUUUGAUAUAAAUUUUCGAAAUAUAAGCAUUUCGAACCAAACCCAAUAUUUUUUUGUUGCAAAAUAACAUAUUAUUCAUUUGUUUUCCAAGCCCUCCACAGCUUAUAAAUAAUAUGUAAUUAUUGAGCUCAUUAUUUGGACCAUCUGGCAUAUUUCAACAUCAAAGAACAUAUUUUUUCAGCUCCCAUCAUCUGAAUUGGAUGUAUCAACUGAUGAAUAUGCUGAUAUUCUCUUGAACAUGUUUGAUAUCCCAGUUUCGAAAAGUCGUGUUCAUUCAUUGCACCUGCUCUUUUCUUUGAUGUCCGAAUUCAACAAUUCUCAACAUUUCCGCAAUUUGGCACAAAAUAAUAAACUUGGCGGUGAAACUGGAGAAACCAUGGACAGAUUGGAGCUUUAA